ACAGACAGCCACACAUACGGCUACGUAUGUAUGCGCUAUUGGAAUAUAUGCGGCGCUGCUACAAUCGCAGAGCAGAGGAGUUUUUUUAUUGAUGCCGAGAUGUUUGUGAUUUGAAUUAUGUCCAAGUAGUCAAACAGAAACAUUGGCGCUUUGAGCACGUAUUCUCGGGUUAAACACUUCUAAGUUCAAUCAAACUAACUAACCGAUGCGAUCCGAACAGAUCCCAUCAGAUUGUCGCCAUCAGCCAUUAAUUUAACUAGUUCAGUGUAAAAUACUUAUGGUAGGCUGCCUGUGCGUAAGGUGUACCGACGUCGUGUAUUCCGAUAAUUAAUGAUGGAUUAUUAGCCAACGACUUUAGCCUAUAACUGAUGGUGAUUCAAAUCGCAUCGCCGUUGAUGGCGACUCGUAAAUCAAAGCAGCAACAGUUCGCGGGACUGCUUGCAAAUUAACGAAACUCCUAUUUUUUAUACAAUUAAUAACAAUGGAUGAAUGAAAUAAAAGUGAUCGUAAGAUUCGAAUUUAAAUGUGUUUAAAUUAUUAAAGGAUACGCGACGGGUUAUGUCAUGAGAAAAAAAAUAUAUGUAAUGUGGAUUAUUGACGCUUCAAUCCUGUGUUUUAAAAAAUGAAUAACUGAGAAAAUAUCAAGCUAAAAAAGAAACACGCUCUCAAUAAAAAGUAUUGCAAUAUCCAAUUUAAAUUCGCAUAAUUCGUCGAUAAGCGAUUACAUCCAUGUUUAUUUCAAACUAAUACGAAAUACUAUUUCGUUCGAAAUAUUAUUACAAACAGAAAAACACGAGUAAAUACAACAGAAACAUCCAUAAUUUUAAAACUCAACAAAGUGAAUAGUUGCCUACAUUGUCACCAUUUAUUUAAUUUAUGUGAUCGAGUACAACAUCACGCUUCCCCAGACUAGCAGCAAAUUAUUACAUCUAUUUUCGCCGCAAUAGCACAAUGUCGGCAUAUUGACCGAUCAACUGAACCCAAGUAUCUAGUUCAAUACGGAACAACACAAUUGCUUAGAGUUCAGUUGUCAACGACGGGAACUAACCAAACGCCACCAUCACUGCAAAUCCAUCUUGUUGCAAUAAAAAUAUAGUAGCAGGGCGCUUUAUCUUCGGCCAACAACUCACCGAAAAGAAAAAGUAACAUCUGUGUGUGCCGACCAAUAACAAUUAGCCACCCGAAUAACCGCUACGGGCAUUGUGAAAUUAAAGUUGAAAAUUACAACCUGCAACAACGGCGACGGCGACGGCAGUUAGUGAGAAUUGUGACAGUCUCGUUUGAUUUAUGGCUACAUGCGUCUUAUUGGGUCAUUAUAUUAUGUUUAUAAUCAAUGCUAUUUAUAGUGAAUGGUGUGCAUGGUAAACAUAGAAUUGGUGCAAAAAAUACUGCGACAAUUUUACAGUUUAAUAUAGAAUUCUUAAACUAAAGCGGAAACAAAAGAUAACAUACAACAAAUACUAAUCGUAAACGAAGAACGCGACAUCCAUAUCUGUGCAUAAGAUUUGCUUAGAGAUUGAAAGGCUAUAAACAGGAAUUGCCAGAUCCGAAGAUUUUGUGAUUAUCUCACCUUCUAAAUAUACCGACAACAUGGAUCCCGACUGUUUUGCAAUGUCUUCAUAUCAGUUCGUGAACUCUCUCGCUUCUUGCUAUCCACAACAAAUAAAUCCUCAGCAAAAUCACACGGGCAAUCCCACCGGCGGAGCAAAUGUCACAAACAGCAAUAGCGGACCUGGCGCAAGCGGCGGUGGCAGUGGUUCCGGGGGGCAGAGCAAUUCUAGUGCUGGUACACCUGGCGGUAAUGAUUACUUUCCAACUGCUGCUGCUUAUUCACCAAAUUUGUACCCGAAUACACCGCAGUCCCAUUAUGGCAAUCAGGCAGCAUACAGUUUAGGUGGAACAGGUGGGGGUGGCCAACAAAAUUCCGACAUGGUGGACUACACUCAAUUACAGCCUCAACGGCUGCUUCUACAACAGCAGCAACAACACGUACAUGUGACGGCGCAACAUGCCGCCCAACAGCAGCAAUCACAUCCGCAACAACAACAGCAUCCCCAACAACAACCAGCACAACAACAAACCAAUCUUAAUUGCAAAUACGCCAAUGAUCCCUCAACGCCCACCGGCAACAAUAACAACACUAAUACCAGCAAUAAUAACACAAACACUCAGUCUUUAGCCAGUCCGCAAGAUCUGUCGACGCGAGAGAUUUCGCCGAAACUAUCACCAACAUCGGUGGUGGAGAGUGUGGCAAGAUCACUAAAUAAAAGUGUUUUAAGCGGGAAUCUGGCAGUGGCAGCAGCAGCGGCCAACAUAACAAACACUCAUGGCGGUGUCGGUGGCGGCGGUGGGGCUGGCGUGAAUGUCAACGUCAACGUAAAUGUGCCAAUGCACAGUCCUGGAGGUGGUGACAGCGACUCGGAAAGCGAUAGCGGCAAUGAGGCUGGUAGUAGUCAAAAUAGUGGCAACUGCAAGAAAAACCCACCUCAGAUCUAUCCGUGGAUGAAAAGAGUACAUUUAGGACAAAGUACUGUUAAUGCCAAUGGCGAGACGAAACGACAACGGACCUCAUACACCCGCUAUCAGACGUUAGAGCUAGAGAAAGAAUUUCACUUUAAUCGAUACCUGACCCGCCGAAGGCGWAUUGAAAUUGCGCACGCGCUAUGCCUCACCGAACGACAGAUCAAGAUCUGGUUUCAGAAUAGACGAAUGAAAUGGAAAAAAGAGCACAAGAUGGCUUCUAUGAAUAUUGUACCAUAUCACAUGGGUCCUUAUGGCCACCCUUAUCAUCAAUUCGAUAUUCAUCCGUCACAAUUUGCCCAUUUGAGUGCAUAGGACGCGUGGCACUUUUCGGGUACUGGUUAGAGACUCAAUCAGUUGUAUCAGGAACCAUAUCAGGCGGCGGCAGCAGCUAGUGUAGCAGCUGGUGGAUAUCAGACACAAAACACACAAGACUCUAGCAUGGSCCUAGGCGGCGGUGCUGGCGUUGGGAUCGCUUCUGGCGGUGGUAACUCGCUGUUCACUUCUGCCACCGCUUCCAAUGCAGAAUGUGUCAAAUAUCCACAAGAGUUCUGAUCUCAAAUUAUCUUCAGAGAACAUCCACAGCAAUUGCAUCUCCAACAUGAACACGAACUUCUACAGCAACAACACCAAUACGAGCAACAACAAUCGCUGCAUCAGCAUCACAUCCUCCAGUCCGAACGUAGCUCGAUUCGGCAACUCUGCGAAAACAAACAAUUGUGCGAAGAUGCAGAAACCACGGAGUUGGAGUUCAAGGACGAAAUCGUCGGUGAUUGUAAUAUGUAUUGUUGUUGAGAGWUGUCAAUGUUGUUGUUGCAAUAAAGCUGUAGAUGCCUUCGAGACUGCUGCUAUAGCUGCUGCUAGCGACAGCUAAAAACUA